AAAUUGCCUAAUUAUUAAUAAAUAUAUCACAUAUUUCAAUGUGCAUUUAGCACUGUACUUGUUUCUUUUGUUUAUUUGUUUGUUUGUGUGUUUGUUUGUUUGAGACAGGGUCUCACUAUGCAGUUCAGGCUGGUCUUGAACUCACUUUGUAGCCCAGGCUGGCCUCUAAAACUCACAACAAUCCUCCUGCCUCCGCCUCCUGAUGCUGGGAUUACAGACAUAUGCUACACAUGCCCAGCACUUGUUUCUUUUAUGCAAAUGAUUGAAUUAAUUGUUUUAAAGUUAGAGAUACUACACAAAAAAAUCAAGCCUGAAGGUCGGAGAAAACGAUAUUGAGCAUAUUAUUUGGAAACAGGACCAAUAUUUUCUUUUAAAAUGUAUUUGCUCUGUUUCCCAACUUUUCUUCAGCUCAUAUUUAACACGUACAAGGCAAAGCAUGUAAACAUUUGUAUAAUAAUAUUCUACCUUGGGGAGUGGAGACCCAGCAAAAUUGUGUUUCCUAAAGAGAUUGUGUUCAUUACAAAUUAAAACAAGGUGGCUGUGCAGUCAGUCUCUGUGCACUUCAACAUACUGAGCAUGCUCCAUGUAAGUAAGCUUUCCGUAACUCAUCUGGAAGGUAUUGGAAGGAUUAAAAAUAGAGUAAAUGUUCAGAAAUUCCAUCCUAGGAGUUUCCCUGCUUUUGCCUGCACCUCAGCUGUCAGGGCAGAGUCUGGCUCUUGCCCUCGGUGCUGUGCAAAGACAGUGGAAGCAUUUGGCACUCCACGUGUCCAGGCUGCCAGAUAGUGUGGGCACUGGCUUCUGCCUGCCCUGAGACAGCUCCUUUCCUGUUUUUCUCCAAGUAGAAACAGAAAGGACUAUGUGAAGACCACAAAGACAGAUAGGAAUUAGACCAUGUUCUCAGGUCUCUUUAGGGCAAGCCAGCACCCAUGGUCCCAUCAGUCACAUGGCUGGGUCACGUGGAGAAGCACUAUAGGGAAACCCCCAUCUUCUUCGAUUUUUAAGAGAUGGGAGGAAUCUGAUUGUCAUGGGUGUCUCUUGCAUGCUUUCUACUAUUUUAGUUACAGCAGUUCCUUAAGCAUGGCUCAGAGUAGGUAAAUUAGGUAGGUUUCUAGACACUGUGCUUUUAAUUCCUCUGAAUCUCUUAUAUUUACAUGGAAGAUUUCCUUCCCAUAAGCUCAGCCGGUCCCUUCUAAUGAAGACCCAGGCCACUGAUUCGCUCUCCUGCUCUUUAGGGUUUAGUGUGGGGCGGCACAGAGCAGAAAGGAAGAUAUGGUGUUUGCCUUUACGCAGUUUAUGGUCUACCAGGAAAGCAGUUUUUUUCUUAAGUACUGAAUCGCCAUAGCGACCACACUAAAAAAGUAAUAAAGGCUAUCAAGAAUGCUAGGAGAGUCAAGAAGCCUACCCAGAGUAGUUUUGAGAUGGCCAGGAUAAGGCAAACAGAGCUGCUAAAAGACGCUAAGAGCAGAGCUUUAGGGCAGAAACUAAAGAUAACUAUCUCCUGUUGUCCAGUCUCAGCUUUCCACACCUUUGAAAACUGAGGCCCUGGGAGGCUAGGGACUUGUCUUCGGCACUGAAGUUCUAUUUCCUGUUAGCCACAGGGAUAGAGAGGCAAGCUCUUCCUGGGCUUCUUAGGUGGGGAGCAAUCAAAAUACAGGCAGGGACAAGGAGGGACUAAGAGCAAUGGGAAGCCAGUUCGGUUUUAAUACAGUGCCUGGUCUCUGUCAGAGCUACAGUACUCCCCAGGUGGGGAAGGAGCUUCAAGAUGACUCAGACCUGCCCUCACCCAGAGGAGCUCAGUAUGCUGUAGCAUAGUUUUUGUUUAGGUUGGGGGAGGAGCUCCUGAACAUGUAUUCACACCGAACAGUGUCAAGUUCAGAACUGGGAAGCUGGUCCCUGUCCUGCAGCUGUCUAGCUGUGUGAUUGGGGAGAUAGUGUACUAUGUAACAUGAGUUGCUACUCACAGUUUAUACUUGGACACAUUUGUUUUGAGUCUUUUCCAUGUGAGAAACUAGCUACAGAUCAGUUGUGCCCUGUAUUUCACCUUAAUUUAAAAAUGAAGUCAAUCGUUUGGAUAAAGUCUUAAGCCCCCUUUUAAAGAGCAGUUUGCCAUCCUGUGCUUGCCUGAACAUCCAGAGAAUAACUAGCAAGUAAGCCAAGAUAAGAUCCAGGAUCUGUAAGAAUCGUUAGCAACUGAGCAUAUUUCCAUAAACCAAUAAAGGUUUUUCUGUUUUGUUCAUCUGUUACCCUUAUGCUGUUGCCACUUUCACAUGCAGCGUCUGUAGGCGGGGAGUGUGAGAUAACACCAUUGCACAAAUGUAAGUGAUGGAAAAGGGCCGCUUCCCCUUUAAGACGGCUUCGGGCCCCAGCUCCCUCCCCUUUCCUGAUUGACAAACCUACCCGAAGUCACAUGAUCCGCCUCUAUUUGAAGGUCACAAAAAGCUGCUUCCUUUAGAGACAGAGGGGGAGAGAGAGAGAGCAAGAGGGAGAGUGAGUGAGAGAGAGUUAGUUCAAGCCAAAAUGGCCGACAGAGUCUCUGCUGGUUUCUGAAUAUUUAAAAUACAAAAAAACAGACAGACAAAAAGAAUUCAUUUUUUGGACCUUUUUUCAUUUCCAUUUCUACCUUGUAUGCCUCAAUUUGCUGGAUUUAAGCACUGCUGCACUUUAUGAGAGAGAAGGAGCAAGAAAGGGAAGAACAGUUAAUGGAAGACAAGAAAAGGAAGAAAGAGGAUAAAAAGAAAAAAGAAGCCACUCAGAAGGUCACAGAACAAAAAACCAAAGUGCCCGAAGUGACGAAACCAAGUUUAAGCCAACCAACGGCCGCCAGCCCAAUUGGCAGCUCUCCAUCGCCACCAGUCAAUGGUGGCAACAAUGCCAAAAGGGUGGCAGUGCCGAACGGACAACCGCCAAGCGCCGCCCGCUACAUGCCUCGGGAGGUGCCACCGCGAUUCCGUUGCCAGCAGGACCACAAAGUGUUACUAAAACGUGGACAGCCCCCUCCACCGUCCUGCAUGCUCCUCGGGGGCGGGGCGGGGCCUCCUCCCUGCACAGCACCUGGAGCAAACCCAAACAACGCACAAGUGUCAGGAACGCUGCUGCAGAGCGAGAGUGGGACUGCACCAGAGUCAACCCUUGGAGGUGCUGCUGCUUCAAAUUAUGCAAAUUCCACUUGGGGCCCGGGAGCCUCCUCCAACAACGGCACCUCCCCCAACCCAAUUCACAUCUGGGACAAGGUGAUUGUAGACGGGUCUGACAUGGAAGAGUGGCCUUGUAUUGCCAGCAAAGACACUGAAUCUUCUUCCGAAAACACCACCGAUAACAACAGUGCCUCGAACCCUGGCUCUGAGAAGAGCACUGUGCCAGGAAGCACCACUAGUAACAAAGGCAAAGGGAGCCAGUGCCAGUCUGCAAGUUCUGGGAACGAAUGUAAUCUUGGGGUCUGGAAAUCUGACCCUAAGGCUAAAUCUGUUCAAUCUUCCAACUCUACUGCAGAGAGCAACAAUGGACUAAAUUGGAGGAAUGUGAGUAGUCAGGAUAGAAUUGGACCUGGCUCUGGCUUCAGCAACUUUAACCCAAAUAGCAACCCAUCUGCCUGGCCAGCGCUGGUCCAAGAAGGAACUUCUAGGAAAGGGGCAUUGGAAGCAGAUAAUAGUAAUUCCAGUGCACAGGUUAGCACAGUAGGUCAGGCAUCCAGGGAACAGCAGUCAAAGAUGGAAAAUGCGGGUGUUAAUUUUGUUGUCUCUGGCAGAGAACAGGCUCAAAUUCAUAACACUGAUGGACCAAAAAAUGGAAACACUAACUCCUUGAACUUAAGUUCACCAAACCCCAUGGAGAAUAAGGGAAUGCCCUUUGGAAUGGGCUUGGGGAACACCUCCAGGAGCACUGAUGCCCCUUCACAAAGCACUGGAGAUCGAAAGACUGGGAGUGUUGGAUCUUGGGGUGCAGCUAGGGGGCCUUCUGGAACUGACACAGUCUCUGGACAAAGCAAUUCUGGAAAUAAUGGGAACAAUGGAAAAGAUAGAGAGGACUCCUGGAAAGGAGCUUCUGUUCAGAAAUCAACUGGGUCGAAAAAUGACUCUUGGGACAAUAACAGGUCUACGGGUGGGUCCUGGAACUUUAGCCCUCAGGACUCUAAUGACAACAAAUGGGGUGAAGGGAACAAAAUGACAUCUGGGGUCUCUCAGGGAGAAUGGAAACAGCCCACUGGGUCUGAUGAGUUGAAAAUUGGAGAAUGGAGUGGUCCAAACCAACCAAAUUCUAGCACUGGAGCAUGGGACAAUCAAAAGGGCCACCCCCUCCCUGAAAACCAAGGCAAUGCCCAGGCUCCCUGUUGGGGAAGAUCUUCCAGCUCCACAGGAAGUGAAGUUGGGGGUCAGAGCACUGGAAGCAACCAUAAAGCAGGAAGUAGUGAUAGUCAUAAUUCCGGCCGUCGGUCAUACAGGCCCACACAUCCUGAUUGCCAGGCUGUCUUGCAGACUCUUUUGAGCCGAACUGAUUUGGACCCUAGGGUGCUCUCAAACACUGGCUGGGGCCAAACUCAAAUUAAGCAGGACACAGUGUGGGAUAUCGAAGAGGUGCCAAGGCCUGAGGGGAAAUCUGACAAAGGAACUGAGGGGUGGGAGAGCGCUGCCACACAGACCAAGAACUCAGGGGGCUGGGGAGAUGCACCCAGCCAAAGCAAUCAAAUGAAGUCUGGAUGGGGGGAGCUCUCAGCCUCGACAGAGUGGAAAGACCCCAAGAACACAGGAGGCUGGAAUGACUAUAAGAACAACAAUUCUUCCAACUGGGGAGGAGGACGACCAGAUGAAAAGACACCUUCCUCUUGGAAUGAGAAUCCCAGCAAGGAUCAGGGGUGGGGAGGUGGACGCCCACCCAAUCAAGGAUGGGCUUCUGGGAAGAAUGGUUGGGGAGAGGAAGUUGAUCAAGCAAAAAACAGCAGUUGGGAAAGUUCUGCAAGUAAGCCUGUAGCCGGGUGGGGUGAAGGAGGGCAGAAUGAAAUCGGAACUUGGGGUAAUGGUGGGAGUGCAAGCCUAGCUUCAAAAGGUGGGUGGGAAGAUUGCAAAAGAUCCCCUGCAUGGAAUGAGACAGGCAGGCAGCCCAAUUCCUGGAGUAAACAACACCAACAGCAGCAGCCACAGCAGCCACCGCCACCACAGCCAGAGGCUUCCAGUUCUUGGGGAGGCCCACCCCCACCCCCUCCAGGCAACGUUCGACCUUCCAAUUCCAACUGGAGCAGCGGGCCCCAGCCUGCAACCCCUAAGGAUGAGGAACCCAGCGGCUGGGAAGAGCCAUCCCCGCAGUCAAUUAGUCGGAAAAUGGACAUUGAUGAUGGCACUUCAGCAUGGGGAGACCCUAACAGUUACAACUACAAGAAUGUGAACUUGUGGGAUAAGAAUUCCCAAGGGGGCCCAGCACCUCGAGAACCAAACCUGCCCACCCCAAUGACUGGGAAAUCAGCAUCAGUCUGGAGCAAAAGCACACCACCUGCUCCAGAUAAUGGGACUUCAGCUUGGGGUGAACCGAAUGAAAGCAGUCCUGGGUGGGGCGAAAUGGAUGAUGCAGGAGCAUCGACCACGGGCUGGGGAAACACACCCGCCAACGCUCCCAAUGCCAUGAAACCCAAUUCCAAAUCUAUGCAAGAUGGCUGGGGGGAGAGUGACGGGCCGGUCACAGGAACUCGCCAUCCCAGCUGGGAAGAAGAGGAGGAUGGAGGAGUCUGGAACACUGCCAGCUCUCAGGGAAGUGCUUCCUCCCACAACUCAGCAAGCUGGGGACAAGGAGGAAAGAAACAAAUGAAGUGCUCACUAAAAGGAGGAAACAAUGAUUCAUGGAUGAAUCCUCUUGCCAAACAGUUUUCAAAUAUAGGAUUGCUGAGUCAAAGUGAAGAUAAUCCAAGCAGCAAAAUGGAUUUGUCUGUAGAUAAGAAGUUUGAUGUGGACAAGCGAGCAAUGAAUCUCGGGGAUUUUAAUGAUAUCAUGAGGAAGGAUCGAUCUGGGUUCCGUCCACCUAAUUCCAAAGACAUGGGAACCACAGAUAGUGGGCCUUAUUUUGAGAAGCUGACUUUGCCUUUCUCCAAUCAAGAUGGGUGCCUUGGGGAUGAGGCUCCCUGCUCUCCCUUCUCCCCUACUCCCAGCUACAAGCUGUCUCCCUCUGGUUCCACACUACCCAACGUCAGCCUUGGAGCAAUCGGCACAGGGCUCAACCCCCAAAACUUCGCUGCUAGACAAGGCAGCAAUCAUGGUUUGUUUGGAAACAGCACAGCACAAUCGAGAGGUCUGCACACUCCAGUGCAGCCGCUGAGUUCUUCUCCUAGUCUUCGGGCGCAAGUGCCUCCCCAGUUUAUCUCCCCCCAGGUUUCUGCCUCAAUGCUCAAGCAGUUUCCCAACAGUGGCCUGAAUCCAGGUCUUUUCAAUGUGGGGCCCCAGUUAUCGCCUCAACAAAUUGCCAUGCUGAGCCAGCUUCCGCAGAUUCCCCAGUUUCAGUUGGCAUGUCAGCUUCUCCUGCAGCAGCAGCAGCAGCAGCAGCAAUUGCUCCAGAACCAGAGAAAGAUUUCGCAAGCAGUGCGCCAGCAGCAAGAGCAGCAGUUGGCUCGAAUGGUGAGUGCUCUCCAGCAGCAGCAGCAGCAGCAACAACAGCAGCAGCAGCAGCAGCGACAGCCUAGCAUGAAGCAUUCACCGUCUCAUCCUGUUGGGCCCAAGCCACAUCUGGACAACAUGGUACCCAACGCGCUGAAUGUGGGGCUCCCAGACCUCCAGGCCAAAGGGCCAAUCCCUGGAUAUGGUUCUGGCUUCAGCUCUGGCAGCAUGGACUAUGGCAUGGUUGGUGGGAAGGAAGCAGGGACUGAGUCUCGCUUCAAGCAGUGGACCUCCAUGAUGGAAGGACUGCCCUCUGUGGCCACGCAGGACGCCAGCAUGCACAAAAAUGGCGCUAUAGUGGCCCCUGGUAAGACCCGAGGAGGGUCACCGUACAACCAGUUUGAUAUCAUCCCUGGUGACUCACUGGGCGGUCAUACGGGUCCUGCUGGUGAUAGCUGGUUACCUGCCAAAUCUCCACCAACAAAUAAAAUCGGAAGUAAAUCCAGCAAUGCCAGUUGGCCUCCAGAAUUCCAACCAGGAGUGCCAUGGAAAGGUAUCCAAAACAUUGACCCUGAGUCUGACCCCUAUGUGACCCCAGGAAGUGUGCUGGGGGGUACAGCCACAUCUCCCAUUGUAGAUACUGACCACCAACUGCUGCGGGAUAACACCACAGGGUCUAAUUCUUCCCUCAACACCUCGCUGCCUUCACCUGGUGCCUGGCCCUACAGUGCCUCUGAUAACUCCUUUACCAACGUUCAUAGCACUUCAGCAAAGUUCCCUGAUUACAAAUCCACGUGGUCCCCAGAUCCCAUAGGACACAAUCCCACUCAUCUCUCCAACAAGAUGUGGAAAAACCACAUUUCCUCCAGGAACACUACACCGCUGCCCCGCCCACCUCCCGGCCUGACUAACCCCAAACCGGCGUCUCCCUGGAGCAGCACAGCACCCCGAUCAGUCAGGGGGUGGGGGACACAGGACUCUCGGCUUGCCUCGGCCUCUACCUGGAGUGAUGGUGGCUCAGUUCGUCCUAGUUACUGGCUGGUUCUUCACAAUCUCACUCCACAGAUUGAUGGGUCAACCUUGAGAACGAUCUGCAUGCAGCAUGGUCCACUGCUGACAUUCCAUCUGAAUCUCACCCAGGGCACUGCCCUGAUCCGAUACAGCACCAAACAGGAGGCAGCCAAGGCCCAGACUGCACUGCACAUGUGUGUAUUGGGAAACACUACCAUCCUGGCUGAGUUUGCCACUGAUGAUGAAGUUAGCCGCUUUCUGGCACAAGCUCAGCCCCCUACACCUGCAGCGACCCCAAGUGCGCCGGCCGCAGGGUGGCAGUCAUUGGAAACUGGCCAGAAUCAGUCAGACCCCGUCGGACCUGCGCUGAACCUUUUCGGUGGGUCCACUGGGCUCGGGCAAUGGAGCAGCAGUGCUGGUGGCAGCAGCGGGGCUGAUCUUGCUGGCGCUUCGUUGUGGGGGCCCCCAAACUAUUCUUCUAGCUUGUGGGGAGUCCCGACUGUGGAAGAUCCCCAUAGGAUGGGUAGCCCUGCUCCUUUACUACCUGGUGACCUUCUGGGAGGAGGGUCGGAUUCAAUCUGAACUUAGAACUUUCAACUCUGACCUCGUGACCUUUUUUGGAACAGCAGCAGCACUAACUUGACCUUUUCGUUUUUUUUUUCAACUUGCAAUAAAUACAUUUUUAAAAGGAAAAAAGAAAACGGAGAGAGAAAAAAAGGUGGGUCAUUGCAGACUGUCUGAGCACAUAGUUGCCUCCCUUAUAACUUCAGUUUUUUCGUUUGGAAUAUGAAUCCAAAAAGAGAACAUAUCACUCUUGAAAUACUUGAAUCAUGAACGCCAACCUAGAAAGACAAUGUGAAGCAAGUACACAUACCAUUUAAAUUUAAACACAAAAAAAUUAAAAAAAUUAGUUUCUAGUUUUUCACUUUUUUCAUGUUAUAUGGAAGUUGUUGCUAAGAAACAUAUAUACUGAAAAAAAUAGCUUUUUAACUUUGUUUGCACUGGGUGUGUUUCCGUCCUUAGGUCUACCAUGUUUGGGAGGGAGGGAAAUUCAAAAGAAUUGUUGGGGGAGGGGGGAGGGAAGACUUGACGGAGCCUCACUUUAAAAACAAAAACACAAAAAACUUUUAAAAAAAAAAAAAGGAAAAAUUUGUGAUUGGCUGGUUGAUAAAUACCAGUGUGUUCUGGCACAUGUAACUGCCCAGGCAUGCUCGUUCUGGUAUGUGUGUGCACGUGUGUUCAUGCGCAUCCGCGUGCAUCCUCCUCUGUCUCUGUGUGUGUGCCUGCGUCCCACCCUUCUCCCACUCCACCCUGAUUCUCAGAAAGCUGCAUUGCUGACAGUCUACGGGCUGGCUGGCCGGCCAUCUGCUGCCUUUUUUGUUUUUUGUUUUGGUUUGGAUUUUUUUAACUAUAAGAACACACAAGCAUGGGGAGCCACUGCAACUCCACCCACUCCGUUGGACUGCACCGAAUCAGAGUGCUUUUUAACGAUUAGCACAGGGAGCUCCUUUCCACUUGCACAUCAGCCUGAGUGUGAGGUUCUCUAGCUUUUCUCCUGACCUAGCAGUAGAGCGGAGCACUGCCAACUCCAAGAUUCAGAGAGCAGGAGGUACCUCUCAAGCAACCGUGUGUUCAUUUUCUGUUUUUCAAAAUGAAUGGCCGAUAGGCACAUCUGAGUACUUGUUAAGUUUCACGCAGGCUUUUUCAUUAGUUUGAAUGGGAACAGGAGAUGAGAUAGUUUUUAAAUCAUGUGAUGUCUCAGAAGCAGAAAAGAAAGAUACACGUUCCCUUUUUCCUGUGUGAUCAGGUGUGAGAAAGUUGUCCCCCCCCAAAAAAAAAAAAAUCAGGUAAUGCCAAGUUAAAUUUCCAUUGAUCCUCAUUUUCAUUUGAUGGAAACAAAGUUGUGACCAGCCUCCUGGAAGCAUCGCAGCUCCUCCCUCUCUGCUCCUCUCUCUCCGAGCGUUACCUGUGCCAGGCCUUGGCGUGUUACAACACCAGGCCAUCACUGACAGAGACGUUUACUUAACGAAUGUUCUUAAACCAGUGUGUACUUCAAGCGUUUCCCUUUGUUUCUCUGUGUUGUGUAUUUCCUGUGUAUGUGGUUUUGCUUAGGCAGGAUAACUUAGCGAAGACUUUUUAAGUAUUGCACCUUUUUUGGUUUUGACCUCUUUUUUUUUUUCCUUGUAAUGUUGCUUUUUUAUUUCGGUAUUUAAAGACUUAAUUUUUAAAGCAUUGAUGUAAUAGUACUCUGGGCCGAACAGGAGGCAACGUUUAAUCCACAGUUAUCACCAACAUGUAUGUAUUACGUUGGAUUCAAAAUGUAUAAAACUGCUUAUUGUGAAGAGAGUGACAGAAGACCUAAAGGGGUUUCCCUUCAUACAAAGCAGAUGGUGGGGCGGGCGGGUGGGGGAGGGGGAUAGUGCCGGUGACGUGCUAGCACUUGUGUGGACGUCCCAGUCUGCAUCAUACUGUUCAACAUAAAGUGCCGACAUUCUGUACCAGCAAAUACCUGCCCAUUCCAGCGCUUGGUGGGAGCAGACCUCUACUGUCCUCCGUAACUUGCUGCUAUUGAGGACAGGGGAGUUUUUCUUUCUUUAGCAUCUUCAGUGAAGGAUACAACAAUGCCUAAUUGUAUUUUUUCAGCUUGUCUAUGUGUAGGUGGGUGGAUGGGUGUGUAUAGGAAAAAGGCAAAAAAAAAUUUUUUUAUUUGCAUGUAAGUGGCUUGUGAGAUAAAGAAUGGGAAAUUCUAUAGUCUUCUUGGCUUACCCUGUUGAUGACAAACAUAGCCUCAAAAGAGAUUGAUAAGUAUAAUCCAAGUGAGUGCUUGCACAUACCAGGCUUUAGGAGCCCAUUGUGGGUGGGUAAUCAAAUUGGAGUUUGCAGUGCUGGUCUGGUCCCACAGAUGCCUUGUCCAAACUGACUGUGCCCUCCUCCACCUCCUCUGGUUUUCAUCACCACCAUGCCCCUCCCACCUGUACCCUCUAGGUGAUAUCUUCUUCCAGCCCCACUGACUGCUCUCUGCCUCAUAGCAGAGCCCCGUUGUGUGUGGUGACCUCUAUGGGAAGCGCAGCUUGUGUUCAGACAUCCAUAGACAAAAGGCUUCAAUCUUAGUGUCCCUGGGCCCAGAGCCCCAUCCCAAGGCUCCUGCGAGCCAGUGGGGACUGUCCACUGCCGCUCUUGGUUCACGGCUGUGUCCUGCCCUGCCCUCUCCUCCUGCCUGUUGGGUCCUUGACCUGCACUAUGGCUUAGUUGAGUUCCUUAUGAUACUACGGUGAAAGCCGGGUGCUAGAGCCCCUCUUGUUUACAAGACACAAAUGAGGGAUUUGAAAUAUGUAAAAAUAAACAUGAGAAGCUAAAAUGUUCUUCCAUCAUAAGCUUAAAGGGAAAAAAACUGAAAACUUAAAAAAAAAGACCAAAAAGUACAUAUAUAUACAUAUAUAUAUAUAUACACACACACACAUACAUACAUAUAAAUAUAUAUUUUAGAAUGAAGACUAACUCUGGGAGCAUUUAACAGUGUUUUUUGUUUUUAACAUUUUCCUGCUUUAAAAUUUGCAAGCAUUCUCAGGAAUUCUAGGGUAGGAAGCCAGUUUUUUUGAAGAUGGUUUAUUUAACCGUAUCUUAUCCUAGAUAGACGGCUGUUUCUUUCCUGUUAAUAAACUUUUACAAGUUCCUUAAACUUCAAAAAGUUUAGGCAGUUUUUACUUAAAAAAACAUGUAAAAAGAAAUGUCUCCAAAUGUUGUCAUACUGGGGAUCACACAUUUUAAAACACAUAGAAAUAUUUUUUAAAAAUUAUCAAUUUAGCAGCAACAGGUAAAUUCAUUAGCUUACAAAAAAAUAUGGAAGAAGGAUUAAGCUUUCAGAGAGCUCUAUCAUGGACUCAUUGGAAAUCGUGUAAUUGAACGAGGAACAUUUGGUGUACAUGCAUGGGAAUGUUCCCAUGUUGUUCCUUGCCAUGUAAGACUAAACUGAAAUCUCCCCUCGCCACUUUUAUUUUUUUUAAUGGAACCCUUCUUCCUGUUCCCCAGCCCCAGUGACGAAAGGAAUAAAGAAAGAAACAACAGUAACUCGAAUCUGUAAGAUAGUAUGGUUGGAUUGCUGAGAAUCUAUGUAAAGAGUUAGGAAAUAUAGGUUAAUAAUUUUUGGAACAAAUUUUAAAUAGUCAUUACUAGAAAAAAAAAGUAUCUAUGGACUGUCCUAUUAAUGAAGAAUGUCUGUCUUACCUCCAUGUGUUAUGGAAGGAAGAGAAAAUAUAGAAGAAUCUAAUGAGGAACAAGUGAUUUUACUUUUUUAGCUCCCAGCUACUAUUGUGCUUGUUUUAAUUGCUGUUUUGAAGAUCUGCUGCUUAAUAUCCCCAUCCCUCUGGGGGAGAUAUGGAGUGUUUCCUUUCAGUUUGGUGAUGUUGAAUUCUCCUUUUGUAUUCCCUCUUGGGGCCAGGGGUCAGAAUUCCUAAGCAUGACCACAGCUUCUUUCAAACAUUAAGCUUCCCAGUGGGAAAGAAACUCCAGCUCCACAGGUAAAGGGAAUCAGUGGGGUUGCUGCCUGCAAUUUCUCUAAAACCGCUUUAGUGCCUUCACACAUACACCCAGACAUCCUAAGCAAGGGGACACGUGUGUAUGUGCAUGACGUCCGGUCACUCCGCAGCUGGUAAGACACUGGCUCAUAAAGGAAAUAGGAGUGAGCUGGGACAGGUCCCAAAGGCAGUGGGCUAACGUAAAACAAAUAAAAAUCAAGGAAAAUAUGCUUUUAAGUCUUGAUAAUGUGGAAUGCCAAGUUCCUUCCUUGCAUUGUGUGCCCUCAGUUACUGUGCUUUGAAUUCUCCAGGUGUGUGAUGGUGACAGCUGCAGGGACUCAAAGUCUCUUGGGGUUGGGCCAGUGGAAGGAGGUCCCUGUUUCUCUGCCCCUGUCCUCCUUUGUCUUCUCCCUCCCUUUCCACCUUGUGUCAGCUUGCUGGAAGGUUUGCUUACUGGUUGGCAGUGACCUAAGAACAGGUGAGGGUAUCUUGGAAGAGGAAAGCUCUUUUCUUUCCACGGUAUUCUUUGGCACGAGCCAUGUUUACCCUGAAGUUAGGUAACUUCAGAACACUUAGAUAAUUCAGUGAGAGCAUCCUCUUAUCCACCAUGUAUAUGGAGGCUUGCUGGUCACCCUCAUUACAUAGAUUUAUUUUGUACACAUUUGAAACAUGUACAUGUGAGCUUUCCAUUUUUGUACCAGUUCUUGUAUUUUUAAACACUUGAUUAUUAGUGGCUAGACGUGUGCAUGUCUAUUAAACAUGUCAAACUUAGUGUCUACCACAUGAGUAGCCAAAAGAAGAUGCAAGAGUAGGGAAAGGGGUGUCUUCCAUCAGACGGGACACAGUACUGCCCAGUGAGACCCAGCACCACCACCUUACUUUUUAAGUAUUGAAGAAAGCUCUGGUCUUUCAGACACUGUGAAGAAAUAGAUGGUCUGUGUAGCGUCUCUAAUCCCUCAUCCCUAACCCUUGAAAUUUUCCAUGUACAACAUUCACAAGAGUGAACUUAGCAGUACUAAAGUUAAGAUUCCACAUCAUGCAUUCAAUCCCCACCACCACCCAUCAGUCAGUCAGUUCUCUAAACCAAAUUCUUUCAUCAGUGUCCCCCCCCCCAAGAAAGCAACCUCCAUUUCUUGCCAUUUAGUUAGUUUUGCUCAAAACAGCUUGCUGUUCAAAUGUUAUUAUGGCUUCGGUUCUAAGAAUUUUCCCACCUCUUCUGACAUGAAUGUAACAUAAGUUAGCAAUUCAUUCUUCUAAGCUCCUGUGUGUUGAAUGUUGUAUAUAAGAUAUGCAAAGGGGAAAAAGAAAGAGGAAUUCCUGCAUAUGGAUUUGGAAGCGCCUUUAUUAAUGUAUCAGAAACUAAGAGCUCAUGGGCUAUUAACUCCCUACAAAUACUCACUCAUCCUUUUAUCGUUUUUCUUGGAGAGGGUACAGUUUUUGUAGAGUUAACACCCAGAUUCCAUUUUGAUCUCAGAUGCUGUGUUCUUUUAAUUUUAUUUUUUGUAUUCUGGUGUCUUGACUCUUCUUUUAGCAUUUGUGUACUGAGCAAGUGUAGAAGCCAAGCCUGUUGUCUUCUGCAGUGUAAACAGGAUGUUUUUGACAGAUUUGGCUAUAAUGGCCAUCUCUAAAGGGCACAGUUGAAUGUUUUUGUAAAAAAAAAAAAAAAAAAAAAAAAAACUCAUUUUUCCCCAUUCCCAGAGUUAAAAUUCAGCAUAUAAAACUUUUGUUACUGUUUUGGGUUUGAGUAUUUUAUUUGAAGUAUCUGUAAGGUCUUCAGCUAGGAGUGGAGAUACAUUUUUAGUUAGUAAAAAGAAAAACAUUAAACUUCUCCAGUGUUGCCAAGUUUUGUCACAUUUCAUGUCUAUGCAUUAACUACACUUUGUAGUGUUACUACAGUAAGAAAUCUUAUUCCAUGGUUUCAUUUUUCCUUCUGUGAGUGUACGUCCAAGACCGAAUGCUGUAUAACAUAGAUGAGGCUAUUCUACACUCUGUGAACACUGAAUUAAUCCAUCUCUCAAGCUCACUCAGAAUACAGGGUACCUUUAACCCCUGCCACACACCACACCAUACCCCUUGGUUUCCUUCUCUGCAACAAGGACAAAGUAUCUAACACAGUAUAUAAAUAAAUAUACAGAAUGUUUUCAAGGACAUCAACAAUCAACAAAGAAACUCAGAAUGUUAUUAUCUCUGUUUCCAGAGCUUAUACACACUCUAUAGUAUGGUCUGUAGUUUUAUGGCCUAUGCCAAAGGUGUUCAUAUGGACAAAGGUGGUCCCCAUUUGUCAAUGAUAGUUUUUUUUUCUUGACCUUAAAUUUGACAAAGAGAGUGGUAGUAUCACAUCCUUUAGAUUCAAAAUAAUUGUCAACUGCAAGAAUUAUAAACAGGGAUAUUUUAAUAAAAAUUGAACAUCAGCCUUCCCUGAACUACCCACCACACCUUUCUACCCUCCACUGCAGGCUGCCAAAGAAGGAGGCUGUGAACAUCUAAGGGUAGUAAAGGAGGGACACCCCACACUCUGCAGCCGUGCUGUGCAUGUGUGUGGUCUGUCAGAUGAAAUCCUCAACCGUGAUGACAUACUCAUAAUACCUGAGUAGUCAGUCUCAUGCUGUAACCUACUAGCACCCCUCAAAAAGGAGCAAAAUGACAGAAACUGCCAGUGUUUGCCUCAUAGAAUUUAAAUAGUUCCUUUUUUCACAGGUGUGCACCUGAAUUUGUGUUUAGUGUGAAACUGCAUGCUAGGAAAAUGGUACUGCCCUUAUUAGAGGGUCUCGGCCAGAUUCAGUUGUUGACUCUUUAUUGUGACAAAUGCUUGUCUUUUUGAAGGUGGGGAAAAGUCAAGUCACAUACAGAGGCAAGAAGUGUUCUGUUUUAAACAAAAAAGAAAUAGUGUUCCCCUAAAACACUGCAUCCCUCAACCAAGUUUUCAAACUAUGAGUCAUUGCUUUGGAAAUGAAUUCCCAAUUAAAAUUGACAAAUUUCCAGUCAGUAUCAAUAAGUUGAGGUGGUUUUCUAAAUAGGAGAUUAUUCCUCGCUGCUUUUCUUUCACUUCUCCCUGGCUUCCUGGACCUCCUGGUGAAUCAAGUAUUCUCCUUGAGCCACUGAAAGUGUACCCCACUGAUAGAGAGGGGUCAGAAGGUGACUGGAGGCUAGACAUAGCAGUUUCACUGCAAGACUGACCUAUCCGAAGAGCUAUAUGGCGACAAAAAUGGCAGAUCCUAAAUGUGUUGGCCAGAAAUGAAAAAGGAGACAUUUUUUGCAAAAUAACCUUGAGAGCCUUUCAAGAAGUCACAUACCUUGUGAAGGUAGUUUGAUUCUUUUUUUUCACCAAGAGAUAAAUUUUUAGCAUGCUACUUCUUCCCAGAAAUUUCAAGUUAGAAUAAAUGUGUUCAAAACACCACCCCCAAAAUCCUUCUUAAUUUUGCCCAAGGACUCGAGCAUAGUACUUCUGAAUGUGCCUUUGUGAGUAUGGAGACCGAGUAUUGUAGGUGUAGACUGCCCAUGGCGGUGAAAACAGAAAGAUGGUUACCUUAGCCUUCGGCAGUCAGAGUUCCACUGAGUGCCCGGGGGGAGCUGUGGAAUUGUCAUUCACAUCCAUGUUGCUCAGUGAUGUUGUGUGGAAGAAGUCCUGGGACUUGGCUCUUGAGGUACAGGUUGCACAAGUGACAGAGGCCAGGGGUAGGCGGAGAAUGCGGGAUGGCUUCUGUAGCUGCAUUCCUUAGGCUCUGUACCUGUGCCUGUGUGGCUGUUCAGUCUUCUGUUUUUCUCUAAUCACUGGCAAUUGGAAUAUGAUGCUAUCUGUGACACAUUCAUGCUUGUAGAGCAGGCGUUUUCUGGCCUCAGCUUGGCUUCAGCCUUUCAGUAGACAGAAAGCCUAGCGAUUUCCCAGGUGGAAGUCACACCAUGUUGCUCUUCAGGUUAACAGGGUAUCAGGAAGGAGGUUUGGAAAGCAUUGAGAUUUUAAGUUAGGAAAAUCCAAAAUACAUGUUUUAUCUUUUCAGAACUAUUACAGUUAAACAUAGAAAUCUGCAGUGUCUCCUAAUUUGCUUUGGGAUUUAUUUCAAUGAUUCCACCUCUUCUCCCCACUCCCUGUGUCCUGAAAAACAGCAAGUGAACACUAGGGGCCAUCUCCACCAAUUCCUCAGAGCUCCCGGUUCCAUAGACUCCUCAGAACUCUCCCACAAGAAGCCCCUUCAGCCUUGUCAGGGUGACACAGGGAGGAGGGUGCUGCGCUUCCCGUGUUCUGCUCAUUCCCCUCUAAUGGCCUUGAAAUAUAUUAUUAUGCAAAUGUGAAUUUUGAUACUGAAUUUAAGAAGAGGGUGUUGGAUUUUUUUUUUUCUUUUUUCAAACAAAAAGGUCCAUAUGUGGUCAUCAUUGCUUCAUUUUUGUGAACUGUAACUAUGCAUUCUAUAUGGGGGGAGGGCAAAGGGGAAGGAAGUCGCUUUGCAUCCUUGUUCUCCAGUUUCUGUGUCCAUGGUAUCCGUGUGUCCAGGAGGGGAAGGGGAGUGAGAGAAGAUGCACUAAGGUCAUAGUGAGGUCAAAAGAGACCUCGGAGGCCUCUUGCCAUGGCCGGUGAGUCUGAUAGCCAGGCACAUUCCGGGGGGUCUGCGGCUCCUGUCUGCUGAUCAGGUACAGGGGUCUUGAUCUAGCCGUGCAGUGUUAAUCUGGGGCAACAGUGGGACCCCAAAGGCUUCAGUGUUCCCUGGACAAAAGUACUCAUUCUUUCCUGAUUUCAGAACCCUUUCAAGCUCAGGAAACCAUGCCUCAAUCAUGCUGACAGUAAUCUUUGUCAGAAACAACUCCUCCUCUCCUCUCUACCCCCCUUUUUAAAAUCAUUGUUGAGUUAAAAUGAGGAAAUUUUCCUACUCUAUGGAGAAGAGGGCUGUUGCCUGUUAUUGCUUGACAGGCAAAAAAACCCAUUCUGUCCCUCAGCCAAAUGUAAUCUUUCCGCUUCACCACACUGUACAUAGCUAGCGAGCAGUGAAGUUCUGAACAGAAGAGGCCUACAUUCUCUCUCUUCAUUCUGAUAAUUCCCUUGUUGUUCUUACCUGUGAUAUAUCAUAGCACUGCAUUGCUCUGGUCUAGGCUUUUUUUUUUUUUUUUGCAAUGCAAUAUGUAAGCAUAAGUGAAAGAUCGUGGCCCGUAUUCAGUGUUUUCCAUGCAGCAGUUUUUGUUGUUAUGUUCACAGUACUGUAAUGAAUAACCAGACUUGCUCACAGUCUUCUGUGCCUGUGCAGGACCGCAUGGGCACGAUCUUAUCAGGGUUCCAAUCUGUUAGAAUGCCUUUUAACAAAAAAGCGGAAAAAAAAAAAAAAAAACUCCUGACGUUUCAACUCACACAGAACUAUACCUCAAGGUACACUUUAUCUCCCUGCAGUGUAAAUCCUUAAUUCCUGUCUUCUUUCUGACAUUGGUGGGUUAUCCUUUAUAAGAUAUGAACAUGUAAAUAACACGAUAACUUUUAAGGCACUUUCUUUGCUGUGAAAGUAAUGCUAAAAUACUAUAUAUUCCAUGUUAAGCCAUCAGAAGUUUCAGAUCUGAAUUCUUUCAUGUUUAAGAGGAAAAGGCAGAGCAAGUCAGUGGGGUGGAUUUGCAUCUGAGCUAGGGCUGUUCUCUGGCCCCACACACACAGUGACAGCAGACCAGUGUCUAAGUUCUGACCUAACUAGGUGCCAUCUAAUCCAGCAUCCUGGUUCUGGGAUGGAGAAUGUCUUGAGUCUCUCUUCCAGAAGAUCAGUCCCCCACAGGGAUUCCAGGAGAUUUCCUAUGUGAGACCUUGAGCUCUUACCUGUCUUAGUAUACACACACACACACACACACACACACAUUCAUUGAUUAUCAUUCUGAAGUUCACCUUGGGAUUUAGUCCCUGGCAUUUCAAUGUACGCUGUAGAAUUCAUGGCCUUGUUAUAUUAUAAUGCUCUGGAAAUGUACUGAUGAUAUCUUGAAGAAAACUUGUCUAAGGAGACACGCAAACAACCAUGAAAGCUGUGUGUAUCCUCUAGAUUUUCUUCUCUCUCUGAGGCUUAAAGCUGACUUUAGUAGAGGGAAAUACAUUUAACACAUGCUGCUCAUAGGUCGCUGUCAGCUACUGCCUUUCCUACAUUUGAGCUCCCAUGAGGCAGGGUUGCAGCGGAUCAUCUUGAGUAGCUUCUUCACAAAGCCCCCUUUUGGUGUGACCUCACUGAUCUUGUAUAGUGACGACUUCCUCUGAGGGAAGAAACUUGAUUAUAAGUGCAUGCACAGUAUCUACCCACCUUCUGAUUCGGGCACUGUCGAGUUAGGAUUUUACUUCUGUUUUAUCUGUAGGCACUUAUCCUAUCAGUGUCCUUCCUCUGAUCCCCUGGGCUCUGCCUGCCCUCGUAUCCCUCUCUGAUGCUCCCAAAGGGCUCUGCUGAUCUCUGCACCUCUUUUCUGGGACGUGCCCCCCACUACCACCUUUUGCACACACAAGUGACCAAAGUGUUUGCGGUGGUCUCACAGAAGACAUCAAAAUGGUGCACACACCUCAAAUGUGCUCAGAGACACGUGCACAAGAUUCUGUACCCAUGGCCUUAAUCUCAGCACGAUUUAAGGUGCAGGAACAUUUUUAACAGGUUUAAAAUAAAAAAUAAAAAAAAAACUCUUCUGGGAGGGAAAAAGCAGAUACAACAGCUCAACUGUGCCCACCCCUCACUGUCCACUCUUGCUUAUACCUUCAUGUUGUGCGCCCACCCAUCCCAUCUGUGUUCUGCAUAACCAAAAACAGACUACAAAAGCAACCUGAGGAGAGGUUUCUGGACUAUUUUAUCUUUCUCCCUUUCGACGGGGAUAUAAAUGCUGCUUUGGGUUCCAUAAUCCUAGGGGGCUAUGUUUACAUAGUGAAAUACAUCCUACCAAAUCAGGAAACAGUGGAUAGCAGGGCUCACUUCAGUGAGCUGUUGGUCACGAAGGCUAGGGAGGACCUGGGGGCAUAGCUGAGGAGGAGGGGCAGAAACAUACUUCUUAAUUCCUUGUGACACAUGACCCCCAUUCUCCUCUCUUCCUCCCUUUGUGGCUUUCCUUGCCCCCGUUAAACAGAAGGUGCAGAAAAGGGCAUCAAAAGAAGGCUGGUUUUUUUUAAGAGGCAGCUUUCCAACUUUGCACACAAAGAGGUAACAGAAGGUACAGCAAAACUCCUCUCAUCUGAAACACUGUCAGCAGAAACAAAACCUGUCAAAAGGACUGAACAGCUGCACAUAUUGAUGCUCUCUGCAAGUUACCUAUAAGUGUUUUGUUUUUCUUAUACUUGAAAUAGCUUUUACAAUAUUAUUUUGGUGGCUUUCUUUUCUCUCUUCUAAUGGGCAAUAGAGAAAGUGAAUGAUGAGAUUUAAGGACACUUGAGGGGAGAAAAGAGAGGAUACAGCAUUGUCUUUUUUUUUUUUUUUUUAAACAUAGAGAUUUAAUCAAACUCCCAUAUGUUGAAAUUGCUCCUCAUAUUACUGGUUUUACAUGGACACAGAAACUAGGCACUUUAGAGGUGCACUUGCACGGCAGGCUGGGCCCCCCUUUUCUAUAUUUUAUUUUACUUUUUUAGUAUAGUGGUACUUAAAAUCACUGGUUCACUUAAAAAAAAACAAACAAUAAAAUGUUAAACUCUACUAAUGUACAAAUAAGCUGAAAAGUUGCAUUUUAUGUGUAUUUUUUGCCAUAGCAGGUACUGUAUUUCUCAUGCUGGAUUUCAAAAUAUAUAUAUAUAUAUAUCAAAAACAAACAAAAAAAACUGAAGGGUAGUGUUUUAUUGGAUUGUGACAGAUUGAGUAAUAAGGAAUUAAGUCGCCGUCAUUUCAUUAAAAUGGAGAGAUGAUGUCAUACAUAUAUAAGAGUUUCCUGAAGGGUUUUUUUGGGCUUUUAAAAAACAGCUUAUUUUUGUUUUGUUUAGUUUUUUAUUUUAUUUUAUUUUGAAAAAAUAUGAUUGUAUUAUGUGCAACUCAGUUGCUUACAUUAUAACUACAAAAUAUUUUUGGGUUUCUGGAAAAAAAAAAAGAAAACAGACUAAUAAAUGUGUUUGGCUGCUAAGCA